CAUGCCUUUGCUUCCGGUUCCGGUCUUUCUGGCUGGGCUCAGGGGGACAGAGUGAGAUACUUCAGGCCGAAUUCCUGUGUCACAGUCACGCAAUUGGUACUGCUGAAACCAUGACUAGAGUGUCUACAGUCUCAUUCUCUGAGCUCCGUUCGCUCCUAGCCUCAGGCAGGGCCCGGCUCUUCGAUGUUCGAUCUCGGGAGGAGGCAGCAGCUGGCACCAUCCCUGGGGCACUCAACAUCCCUGUGUCUGAGUUGGAAAACGCCUUGCGCAUGGACCCAGCUGCUUUUCAGGCUUUGUACUGUGCUGAGAAGCCAAAGCUAGAAGACAAGAAUCUUAUUUUCUUCUGUCAGAUGGGCAGGAGGGGCCUGCAGGCCACACAGCUGGCACAGGGUCUUGGAUACACAGGGGCUCGGAACUAUGCUGGGGCCUAUAAGGAAUGGCUGGAGAAAGAGGGCUAGGUAGAGGACUUCCUGGUUGUGAUCCUUCUCGUGGUCACCUUGCUGGGCUGGGCAAGUCAUUGUGGACCUUUGCACAUGAAAAACUCAAAUAAAGAGCAUUUAAUUAAGUA